AUGUGGGCCAGUCAACUCGCAAGGAUGGGACUGUGUGACGAUUACGUGAAGGCUCUGCAGGCCGACGGUCUGAGAGCGCGUGAAGGGCAGGCGAUCGAAGUGAACAGCAACCAAGUCGAGGCCGAGCACCAGAGUGAGGACGAAGAAGUUGGUGAAGAUGAAGAAGAGGGUGAAGAUGAAGAAGAGGGUGAAGAUGAAGAAGAGGGUGAAGAUGAAGAAGAGGGUGAAGAUGAAGAAGAGGAUGAAGAAGAGGGUGAAGAUGAAGAAGAGGGUGAAGAUGAAGAAGAGGGUGAAGAUGAAGAAGAGGGUGAAGAUGAAGAAGAGAGUGAAGAUGAAGAAGAGAGCGAAGACAAAAACGGGGACGAGUCGACGCUGGAGGAGUAG